AUAACUGCACCAGCUGUGUGCAUCAAGAGGCAGCAGCGCCUGAAGAACCUGCGCUGCGCGAAAUAAUUGCUGAUAAGGCCUCUGUAGCCAUGGCUAGUUCUGAUGUGAAACCAAAAUCAAUAAGUCGUGCCAAGAAAUGGUCAGAAGAAAUAGAAAACCUGUACAGAUUUCAACAAGCAGGAUAUCGGGAUGAAAUUGAAUAUAAACAAGUGAAACAAGUUGCAAUGGUAGACCGUUGGCCGGAGACAGGCUACGUGAAGAAACUUCAGCGAAGGGACAAUACUUUCUACUACUACAACAAACACAGGGAGUGCGAGGACAAGGAGGUCCACAAAGUGAAAAUUUAUGCAUACUGA